CAUGUGACUUCUUCAUUCCAAACAUGGCGUCCAGGCAAAACAAGACGUUCGCCUUCAAACGCAUUACAGCGGUUUUAGUUGUUUUGCUGCAUUUAAGCCUGUUGUCUUGUUUAUUUGUGCCUGGUCGUGCAGAAAUACAAACUGCUGUUAUUGACAAACAUAGCGGACGAUUGUCUGUCGUUGAAGGAUACCAAGAAGACUUUGUGGCCUGGGCGAACUUCACAGACGACAUAAAAACGUCAGGCUGGUCCUUCCUGGAGGUCACUACUAGCAGUAAGUACAAUGACAGCAUCCAAGCUUAUGCUGCUGGUGCAGUGGAGGCUGCAGUCACAUCUCAGCUCAUCUAUAAGCACUGGAUGAACACUCUGAUGGGUUACUGUGGGCCCUUCAUAUCUGAAACUAUUUACUGUGAGCGUCUCCAAGCUUUCAUCAAAGCCAAUCUACAGUGGGUUCAGGAGCAAAUAGAGAAGGAGCCGACUUCACCUUACUGGUACCAGGUGCGUCUGGCGCUCCUGCAGUUAAAAGGCAUGGAGGACAGUUACAAUGACUUGCUGUCAUUUCCAACAGGGCCCUUCUCUCUCAAUCCAUUUGGCUUCCUGCUUUUCCAAAUGGGUGGGGAUCUUGAGGACUUGGAAUCCGCUCUGAAUAAAUCCACCAAAACCCAGCCCCUUGGAUCUGGUUCCUGCUCUGCUCUCAUUAAGCUGCUGCCAAAUAAUAAGGAACUGCUGGUGUCACAUGACACCUGGAACAACUACCAAGCCAUGCUGCGCAUCAUGAAGAAAUACAUCUUUGCUUUUAAAACUUCUCCUUUAGACAAUGUCCCUCUUCCCGGGGGAACUCAGGCCUUCUCAUCUUACCCUGGAUCCAUCUUCUCUGGAGAUGACUUCUACAUCCUAAGCAGUGGUUUGGUUACAUUGGAAACCACCAUUGGCAACAGCAAUCCUGCUCUUUGGAAGUUUGUUCAGCCCACAGGAGCGGUCAUGGAGUGGCUACGGAACAUUGUUGCCAAUCGACUUGCAACUACUGGCAAUGAGUGGGCAGUUAUUUUCAGCAAGUACAACAGUGGAACGUACAACAACCAGUGGAUGAUUGUGAACUAUAACCGCUUCAUUCCAGGAAAGACUGACAUUAAAGAGGAACUUUUUGUUGUGUUGGAGCAGAUUCCAGGACUUGUUGUUUACAGUGAUAAGACUCAGGAACUGCUGAAGAAAGGAUACUGGGCUAGUUACAACAUACCAUACUACGAGGACAUAUUCAAUGCCAGUGGCUGCAAUGAACUGGUUGAGAAGUUUGGCUCUUGGUUUUCACUGGACCAAAAUCCUCGGGCUCAGAUAUUCAGGAGAAACCAGACGCAUGUCACAGAUUUGGACUCCAUGGUCCGUCUCAUGAGGUAUAAUAACUUUAAAGAAGAUCCACUAUCGAAGUGUGAGGGCUGUAAUCCAACCGAGAAUGGAGAGAAUGCCAUCUCAGCCCGGUCAGAUCUUAACCCAGCUAAUGGAACAUAUCCGUUUGGUGCCUUAAGGCAAAGACCACAUGGAGGAACAGACAUGAAGGUGACCUCGUAUGAAAUGUUCAAAGAGUAUGCCAUGGUGGCAGUUAGUGGGCCAACCUGGGACCAGGUUCCACCCUUCCAGUGGAGCACUUCUCCCUACGAAGACCUGCUCCACAUGGGUCACCCUGAUACUUGGAAUUUCAAACCUGUAAAAGUCAGAUGGACCACUUAAUUGUUAUCAUAAUGUGAUGCGAGUUACAUACCGUAAAAAUGAUUAACAAAAUCCAGGGAUUUUCAGAAAAGGGAUGAGAACAUUCUGGAAGUACUGCAUUGUUUGAUAAAGAUUUGAAAGUUUUGAAUGUGAUGUAGUAAGGACAAGAAUUAAGAAUCUUUGUUCUGUAGGAGCUUCCAUGUCAAAUUUAUCUCUGGUUUGUGUUUUCAAAACAUUAAUUUGCACAAAUUUUUUUGAUAAUUAAAAUAAAGUGGGUUACAGUUUUAAUUGAUUUAUUUGAUUUUAUGCUUGUAUGAUGCUUCUCUGCUCUUUAGCUGAUUUGAAAGCAAUGUUUUUAAUUAUGAUUUUAUUAAUUCUUUUAAUAUUUGUGAAGAUUUUUAUUUUUGAAAAUUUUCUUUAAUAAAAAGUUCCCUGGCAAAUUUGUUUGU